UUGACUGCUUCUUGUAGGAAUUGACGGAACGACGAUUCUUUCCUGAAAGUUCCGCGGGAGCAUUUCGCUAUACCGUCCGGUUUGCCGGAUAUUAGUCGUCGGGGAGUCCGGCGUAAACGGAAUUUCUGAUAAAAGGUUUUUCAUGUCUUCACUUAUCAAGAAGAAUGUAUUUAAGAGUGUUAAUUUAAGAGCGCUAUUUUAGUUUAUGUGAAAAACGGAUAUUUUAUAAAAGUGUGCUUGUUAAAACAACUUUUUAACGAACAUCGCCAGCUGAUGAUAUCUAUAUAGGAAACUUUACCUAUAACGUCAGAUAUCUUUUGAGUAAAAACGACAAAGCAUAUAUAAAGGAUUAUCUGACUUAUUUGUGAAUUCUACAGAGAGUUGAUAUAAGGGUUUAUAUCCAUUUUGUCUCUUUGUAACGCGAAGAAAAAUCUUAUUGACAAUACAGUUUUACAUCGCUAUCAUAACAAAAGUUAUUCACAAAAUUCAUAUAAGCAGAAUUUGAAAGAUCUCAUGGAUUCGAAUUUUGUUCUAAGAGAAAACGCUUGAAUAUUUCUGAACUUUCUCAAGCAUUUGUUACAAAGUACUUGCACAUAUAGAACCAUAUCAUUCUAAACACCGUGCUAAAAGAAGUUCUUACUGUUAUAAAUAGAAUAAUUAUUAAUGUAACAAUAAGCGGAUAUUUGAGAAUGAAUGUUAUUAAAAUAUCUGGAAAAUAAAAGAAAUUACAGGAUAAAGAAAUUACUUUAUAUCUCUAUAUACACAUAAUAUUGAUAACUUUAAUUUAACGGAAUCAUCUGAAAUCUGAAGCAACAGUUCUAAUUCCUGGAUUUAUAAACAAAAAAAGUUACUUCUGAAGGAUUAAAACUUUCAUUAAAUAAGAAAGUUUGAAACUCGCUAACUUUUACAAAUACUAGUUUUCUAAAGAUAGAAAUUGCACAAACACUAGUUGAAAAACCUAGAUAAGAUAAAAGAUAAAUAUCGUUAAAAUUGAGAUUCAAUCACAGCUUUCCAAAGAAUAAUUUCUACGAAUAAUGCCAGAAUAUUUUCACGGAAAAUUAUAGAGCAAUUAUGGAUAUAGAUCAAAUUUAUGAGAUGUUGUCUAUAUAAUUAUCAAUUACUAGUCAACUGAUUUUGAGAAAUACGAUUAAGAUUAAAAUAUUGAAAAUGAUCAUCAAGAAACUUUGCUUCCUACAUUUUCUACUAAUUUAUUGCACCGAUGUAGCUGUGAGCUCUUUGGGCACUGAUGGCAGCUGGGAAGAGUGGUGGACCUAUGAAGGGAUAUCAGGCCCUGACUUCUGGGGACUGCUGAACCCCGAAUGGAACCUUUGCAGUAAAGGUCACCGACAAUCACCGGUCGAUGUUGACCCCACAAAGCUUCUGUAUGAUCCUUUCUUGCGAGUCAUACAUGUGGAUAAGCACAGGGUAAAUGGGAUCAUACAAAACACCGGUCACGGUGUGGUCUUCAGAGUGGACACUGGUCAACACUCACCAGUGGUUAACAUCAGUGGCGGACCCCUCUCUUACAGCUAUCGGGUUCAGGAGAUCCACUUACAUUUCGGACGCACUGAUGGACAAGGGUCAGAGCAUCGAGUGGGCAGUCAUGCUUUUCCUGCAGAGGUGCAAAUUUAUGGUUAUAAUUCAGAUUUGUAUGGAAACAUGAGUGAAGCUUCACAGAUGUCUCAAGGUCUCGUUGGAUUAGCCCUCCUGGUUCAGAUUGGCGAACCUUCAAAUAUGGAAUUGCGUCUCCUAACAAGUCAACUUCAGCAUAUCAUUUACAAAGGCCAACAAGCAGAACUGAAGUCUUUAUCAAUACGAGAAUUAUUGCCAACCACGGACUUCUACAUGACGUAUGAUGGCUCGACCACAAUGCCCGGAUGCCACGAGACUGUCACGUGGUUAGUUAUGAACAAACCAAUUUACAUCACUAAACAACAGCUGUAUGCCCUCAGGAAACUGUUUCAGGGAGACCAGAGUAACCCUAAAGCUCCUUUGGGCAACAACUACAGGCCGGCUCAGCUCAUUCAUCACCGGGUGGUGAGGACCAACAUUGAUUUCAAUCGAUCAUCGGGUCAAAGCUGUCCAACAAUGCAGAGUUCUCUUUUUUAUCAAGCCAACUACAAUAACUGGCGGCAGUGAGGGUCGUCCAAUGUCCAGUGCCUUAUUAGUCCAGCCAACAUGUGUCCCUUUUGUUCCAGUGACGUCCUACAACCAAUGCUGUGGUCAGUAGUGACGAUGGACUCCUUCCUUCCAUUAGUAGAUUCCUCCCCCCCUAUUUCUGUAUGUUGUCACCCUUUUGGUUCCUGGCAUCACUGGCUGUUUAUUCAGUUAUUUUGCAACACGAUUAUCCUUCCAAAAACUAAUCAGCAACAAUGUUAUGUCCAAUAGAGAUAACUCUCACUGCGGCAUUACCCCCAAAAAGUGAACAGACAUCGUGAUGUGCGAACACAAUCUCAAGAUAGACUACACCGCACUUUUGGGCUAUCCUGAUGCAGCUAUGAUGAACAUCACGUCAAAGAAUGGGUGUGCAACCACUUGUUUUGUGACUUGUGGAACUGUGAAAUGUUGAAAAAGAUUAAUAAAACAGUAUUUCUGCUCUUGGAUUGGCAAUAUACACUGUAAGCAACAAAUUUAUUUCCUUCAAUUUAAAACAAGUGACACAUUAUCAGUUCUAACAAGUGACUCAAUAUCUGUUCUAACAAGUGACUCAAUAUCUGUUCUAACAAGUGAUCCAAUAUCUGUUCUAACAAGUGACUCAAUAUCUGUUCUAACAAGUGACUCAAUAUCUGUUCUAACAAGUGAUCCAAUAUCUGUUCUAACAAGUGACUAGAUAUCUGUUCUAACAAGUGACUCAAUAUAUACUUUUCAAAGAUAUGACAGUAUUGACAAGACAUUAAUGUUAGCUCAAGAUGAACAAAUCAUGUAACGUAAAUGAUCUUGUUUCAAGAAUAUAAGUUAUUUCUCUAAUU